UAACACCUGACUCGUUCUGAUAACGUUCUCUGUUAGCUGAGAGAAUUUUUUUAGAUGAGUAUUUGCACAUUUACUUGAGUGAGGAAUCUGUGUACCUCUGCUCAUGUUCAAAAAUGUAAUCAUCGACAUUAACUGCAUUUCAUAAUGCUCAUCUGCUCGGAGCUCAAGUACAUUUUGUCUGUAGUGUCUUUAAUUAGUUAGUAUCAGUGUACGAAUUUGCCUAUAACUCCUAUAUAAACUAGUUCUGGGUUCAUUCUUGUGUGUCUUUGUUCUGUUUGUGCCUUCAUCCUUGACCUGCUCAUGUUUCGCCCUGCGGAGGCUCCUUGCGCUCCAUCCGGAUUCAAAUCUAGACCUAUCUUAUUUCAGCUUUUAAAAAGCCCUUAUUGUCCUCUACGAUGAUAUUCAUCACUUCAGUUGAACAGAACGGCUCUUGUGGAAGGCCAUGCUUAAGGAUUACCGCGUGCUUUGCUUAUUAAAACACCUGCUGAUGAGGAGUCGGGCUGGGCUGGGCCUGUGGCUCUGUGGGUCCUGGGGAGGAACAGAUUAAAGCAGCAGUGGUUGGAUAGAGACUUUCUGAGAUGUACAGAGUGAAGAAGGAACCAGGAGUGACGAUGGUGCUUCUAACCACUAAGAUCGUACAGAGAGCGUCACUCUUUGUGGCUUUCGGCGGCCUCGUCACGACAUUCAUCACCACAUUUUUGCCACUAUGGAAGACGAUGAACUCUGAGUUGAACGAGAUGGAGAAUUGGUACGAAGGUCUGUGGCAUACUUGCAUCUUCACGGAGGAAGUGGGUCUCCACUGCAAAGCCUUUGAGUCUCUCCUCGCUCUGCCUCCAGUCACACUUGCCUCCAGGAUUCUCAUGUGUGUAUCCAUCGUGACUGGGUUCCUCGGCGUGUUGGUGGCGUUUUUUGGACUCGAUGGUGUAGAGAUCGGGGCCGGCCGUGACAGGUUAAAGAGGGGGCUCCUCAUCCUCGGUGGCGUGCUGAUCUGGGUGUCGGGAAUCACGACUCUGGCGCCGGUUUCACUCAUCGCGUACGUGAUGGUGGUGGAGUUCUGGGAUGAGGGUCUCCCUGACGUGAUGCCGCGCUGGGAGUACGGCGAGGCCAUGUUCUCCGCCUGGUUCUCAGGACUUCUGCUGGUCAUCGGAGGAUCGUUCCUCUUCGUCGCAGUGUGCAUGAGGGACCACGAAGCCAAGCAGCAAAGGGAAAUCUUCUCACCUACUCAUGAACUUCAACCAAGGACUCAGCACUACCUAAAGACAGAGGUCUUAUAGAUUUAUUUUUACAUUUUCCAACAUACAGUAUGAUAGAACGAUGAAUUAAUUAUUGAAUGAUAAACACACACACACACACACAUUGCCUGGUUUAUUACUAUGUGUGUUUUUAGUAUUUCUGUGACCCAUACUUGUUGGUGCUCAUUAAAUCUGAGAAAACAAUAAUUGCUUUCAGAGAUUGUUUCAUUUGGAAGACACUUCGGUUUGGCAGAGUUAUCUGCAUAUUUACUUCUUUACUUAUAAGUCAUCUGAGCUUUUUUUCAAGACUCCAUUUUCUUUUCUUUCACUCAGAAACAUAUUCAUCAGUACAUUCAGUGAGAGCCAACAUGGUCUCGCACUUUUUUGCUUGCACAAUGAAAAUUUUAGUAAGAUGAAAGUUAGGGAUAGAUUUGGCGUCAGGGUUCAUUCAGUUUGUUACGACUUCAUCUGUAAGAAAAAAAAUUCCAAC